AUACUAUCAAAUCUGUGCAAUGAACAGCAGUAUAUUUGGGACCAAUGAGUCUGAGGAUCCCUGGGAGAACGGAUGGGCGUCCUCACAACCUUUAGCGUCCUCUACAUCGACUCCAUUUGGCGGUGGCGGCGGGGCCGCAAGUGGCUUGCUUGCGUCUUCCUCGAUCCUUCAUGACACACAUACGGGUGGCGGUACAAGCUCAAUUCUUGGCGACUCUUCUGUGUUGGCACAUCCAGCCGGCUUGGAUGCCCUGUCUUCAUCGACCACUCCGUACAACGUACCUGCCAGCUACACUGCAUUGUACGAGAAACUUGCCACGAUUUCAACUUCAACUCAAUUGGAUCAACACUUUUUCAACCCUCUUAUUGCAGCGGAAUUGCUCACUUCUUUCCAAAAAUCAAAGAUCUUGGAUGUUAUCUUUGAUCAUAAUCUACUUCCUGCAAACAACAGUAACAAGUUUUAUCAAAUCUUGGGACUUUUAGCAUUAGAAUUGGACGUUCCCGGAUCGGGAGAUUUCGUAUCACUUCAAUUUCAUUUGAACAAUUUACCUGACUUCCCAGAAUCGGCCAUUUCAGCAUUCAAUGGCGAUAGCGAACGCGAGCACGAAACAGGAAGAAGUGGACCCGCUGCAUUGGUGUCACCAAGUGCAUCGACAUAUUUUGCGGACCCUCUCAACGCUCAAUUAGCAAACACAUCCAUUUCGGAAGAUGACCAUCAUGGAGGACGUCUGUCACUUGUGGUCGAUCCUAUACUCACCGACCACACUUCAAUUCAAAGAAAACAAAGCGAUGUAGGGGCAGCCAGCAAAUCCACCUCAGACAUUGACGGACCAUCAGACGUCCGGGAACUCAAUCUGUACGUCAAUGAGAUUAGAGAUACUUUCCAUCCAUUGUCAGCUAGCCCAAAGAAAACAGUGAGGAUUAAAGAAGUCCCCGAGAAGGAAGGGCUCUUGUUCAAACACAUUAAUUAUAAUAUCACCCACGAUUUAAACUUGGGAUUGCAAUGUCCUGCGGGAUCCAAAAAGGUUAUCCGGAGAUAUUCCGAUUUCGUAUGGUUAUUGGAGUUUUUACUCAAGAAAUAUCCAUUUAGAGUCAUUCCUGGACUUCCUCCCAAAAAGUUUACUGUAGGAUCGUCACCCGAUUCUCAAUUUCUUCAAAAACGUAGACGUGGUCUUUAUCGUUUUCUUAAUCAAUUGGUUAAGCAUCCUGUUCUUGUCCAAGAGCCAGUUGUGGUGACCUUUUUGAGUGUACCCACCGACUUGGCGACGUGGAGGAAGCAAGCUAAGGUGGACUAUUCACUUGAAUUCAAGGGACUUAAGAUUCUGACCCAUUUCAUAAACUCUAUUUGGCCAGCCAUAGGUGACGAAUUUUUGAAAGAUUGGCAAAAAUCUGAACAAGAUGUAACAAAAUUGAUCGAAGUUUGGACCAAAAUUGUAUUACUUGUUGAAAGGUACGAAAAGCGCCAACAACAAAUUAGUUACGAUAAUGGGAAAUUUGUAGAAAUGUUACAUAAAUUCCAAGAUUUGAAUGGGAGUAUCUAUCCAAAUAGUGUGGAACAAAGUCGGAUUAUUGGUGGGACUAACCAAGAUGAUAUUUCAUCAAUGAAUGAUUCCUUGGGACUGAUUUCCAAUUUUUUUAAUAAAUCUAGUCAACUUCUAAUUGAUGAAAGUUACACGAUUAAUACAACGAUUUUAGAGAAAUUUAAGAAUUAUUUGGACUAUCUUUAUUCCUUACAAGAGUUGUUUGAACGGUCUAAAAAGCUUUCAAUUAAUAACAUCCCACAACUUCAAAAUAGAAUUCAAGAGAAUGAGAAGAAAUAUGCCAAGAUAAGUACUGAUGAUGCUGACAUUAAGGGCAGUGAACUCGCAAAAUUACGUCAAGUGAUUAUCAAUGAUAAACAGGAAAUCUUCCAACAAUUAAACCGAGAUUGGUUAAUCAAAGAAUGUUGUUUCCGAGAGUUUGUAAUGUUCCAGGAAACACAAUAUCUUGUUGGAGAGAUGUGGAUUGAAUGGUCACAAGGACGAUUUAAAUUCCAAGAGAAGUUUGGAGCUUUACAAGAGAGUCUUAAUGGACAAGUAAGUGUUGAUAUGCCAUAUGGAAGAUGAAGAGAUGUAUAUAUAUAGAUAAGAAGAAAAAAGAGUUUCGAAUGGGCAGCAGCUUACAACUUCAUUAUAUAUCCAUGUUUAUAAUUAUCCCUAUCUAUAUUAAUUUAUAUCUAUGUAACGCUUCAAAUUUCCUGAUUUU